GAGACCUACAACCCUAAACCCUACCACCCCACAUCUUGCCCAAUUAGCUCAGUUGUCGUUGCGUUGAUACUUGUAUUCCAGGCCAUAGAGAUUGACGGGGAUAGUGAUGUGGCUGCUGUGACAGACUACGACGACCACUACGUAGCCACACGAGUGCGCAUGAGCGCAGGCACGCUCAAUGUGGUUGUACUGACCCAAGCAGAUGCUCAGCCCCUGAUAAGCAGCAGUGCCGAUGGCAUGAGCACAUGCAUGCAAAUGCGCCCCAAUGUGGGUGGAGUAGACCUUACCUACAGCCUACAGACAUUCAACGUACGCGACACUGUGUGCGAGAAGGAUGCCAAUAUCUUCCCUGAACUCAUGUGUGUACAGGAGGAUGCCGCAGAAGACAACGAAGUCAGGU